AUGACUACAACAAUGCAUUUUGGUCCCGAGUGGAUGCGCACCAAGGGCUCUGCUCGUCCGGCACCCGAGCCACCCCUCACAUCUGCUCCUGCCGGUACAUCUACCUACUCUGCUCUGGUGGCCCCCACGACGAAUGGGCCUCCUGAACGUCGAGACGACCCCAACCCGUUCCGCUACUCCAAGGACGAGAUACUCCGCAUCUACAAGGAGGGAGGUGGCCGAGGUGGCCUGGGCUUGGAAGUAGAAAGGUGGGAGGGCAUUGUUCGCGAGGUGGGGUGCGAACCGGUUGGUCUUAAGGAGAUGAGCGAGUCCGAGAAGAAGCUCUUCGCGGGUUCGCUUAACUCUGAGAUUCGUCGCCGUCAGUCGACGGACGUAUUAUCACCGUUGACAACCACGCUCGGAGAAAGAACCAAGCUAGGCCACGCUGCGACUGCUGGCAGCCCGAUGCGCGAACGGAUAGGUAACUUGACGAGUCGAAGGCGUGAUAGCACAGAUCAACAGCCUCUCGGAAUACCUCGGAAGCUUUCACUGUCCUCCAUACAGAUUGGUACAUUUGCCCCACCUCCUCGUGAAACACCUUUACCUUCGCCUAGAACACGAGUCGGGGGCACGCCAGGAUUUGAGGGAGUCCUAGGCGAGUCGUGGUCUUCACGCAGGCGAGGCGAUAGUCUGUCAAAAACUGGUGGGGACACUGUUGGUCGGAGGGAUCGAGAGGGCACCGAUUCAGGGCGGGACUUGAAGGGUCCGGACAUCAAGGAGGAGGACGAGGACAUGGCCCGAAAAGCAGACCAAGAUGGGCCUGCACGACCUGAUGGUAGGGGCACCCAACCCCAACCCCGGCCACAAAUGGCACCGGCAAGUAUCAAUAACGGCGUGACGGACUUGAGUCUGGGAGUCCAUGAACGAAGCGUAGGUCCUGACGCUUCUGGCUCUGAACAGUUAGGUGCUGCGCCCUCACCGAAACCUCCGGGGUUAAUCGACCUGUCGAGCGUUGAAUGGUGCUACCUGGACCCCCAAGGGAACGUACAAGGACCCUUCACUGCGGACAUCAUGCAACGCUGGCAAAACGAAGGUUACUUCGCUUCCGAACUCAUGAUGAAGCGCAGACAUCUGGAUACGGAGUGGACGUCGGUUGGCGAGAUGACACGCCGUGCAGGCACCAAGCCUAUUUUCCUCACACCGGGCGUAACGUCGGCGGCACCCCCGGGUUUACGGCGGCCCGACGUCCUCGCAGAAGGACCCAGUCUCGACAGGAGCUCCCCUCUGCAACCUGUUCCUACAGUUUCCAGGCGCGGUUCGACUUUGGAUCCGUACCUUCACAACGGAUCCAGCGCCUCUUCACCAUCAUCGUCCUUCGGGGGUGGCAGGUAUCUCAAUGGCUCCCCGGACCCGAGCAGUCUCGACGGACGGACAAGUACCAGCUUAUACGGAGAACCUGCUGUCGGAUCACGUCUAGCAGCGCUGGCGUCAAUGCCGUCCCUGCACAGUCAGAGGCGACCAACUCUCAACGAUCCGUUUGACUCGUCAGCGGGACUGCGACACUCAUUCUCGCAUACUGGGUUAGGCAGGGGAUUGGACACCCAAGUUCUCAAUGGUAUGAACGGCUUCGGCUCGAGCACCAGCGCCCAAUUUGGUCAGUAUGCCACAGGCUUCGAUGGGCCGAGGACAGAUCUGGGAACAACGGGACUGGGAAUGUACGGGAGCAGCCAUGGCUUAGCCGGUUUGCGCAGUGCCCAAGACAUGCCUUUGGGACAAGCUGAUCAGAGCUCCAUGCAAGACCUCAGAAUUCCUCCGACGCCAUCGCGAGUUGUCCAUCGUGAUAUGUACGGCAAGCCUGUUGAGGACACGCAGUCCUCGUCUUUUGGUGUCGCCCCCUUGAACAUCAAUGAUAUCCCCUACUCUCCCAGCUCGAUCCCCUACUCCUCGUCGCAAGACAAUCGGUCGUUACACUCUCAUACACAUACACCUUUACUUGAGCGCCCGCCCGUUCCUCCAAUAGCCACGUUCGGCUCGAAUCAGCAAUCGCACGGCGCAUUCGUCUCUUCUCCCGUGCGCGCAGCGGCCGCCCCUCAAUGGCCCCCGCAACCCGCUCCCGCUACACGCCGCCCCGUCGGCAACACUGUGAUAACCGGAAUGUCCACUACGUCCGCGACAUCUUACCCACGUUCAGUGCAACACAUACCUUCGAACGUUCAGUCCCCAUGGGGUCCUGCGAUUCAGCAAGGCCGGCCGGUGAACGGAUGGGGCAAAGACGCAAGCAGUUUGACUCAGCACGAUGUUCCCAGUCAGACGACCCGCGUUUCGGGUCAUCGUGUCCCUGAAGUCCCGCCGGCCAUCGAGCCUUCCCGCUCGCAGAAACCUCAACGCAAGUCUUCGACACAAGCCGCUGCUCCUUCGACAAUCGUUCCGAAGACAGCGCCUCCAUCUCCUUCACCUGCACCUGCCGCAUGGGCUACGGAUGAAGAGGCGAAGAAAGUGAAACCGUCUGGCGCACCUCUGGCGGAGACGAAGAAGUUGGAAGCGCGCAAGGCUGCAGAACGUGAACGCGAGCGGGCCGCUCGCCUUGCUGGAGCGUCGUGGGGCCUUCCGACGUCGCAGGCGGGUGCAGCACGACCCGUCGCCACCCCGAAGGAGCCCGUUACUUCUCCCGGAUCAUCCGCAACCACUCCCGCGACGGCUGUAUGGACCAACACUGCCAACCCGGAGAUCCAAGAGGAAGAAGAGAAACGCAGGAAGUUGGCAUCCAAAGAGAAGGAGACGGUGGCGGCAGCGGCGAAGAGAGCUCAUGCAGAUGCUACCACGAAGGUGGCGGCAGCUGCUACGCCGGCGGCAGUACGGCCCACGGUCACUACGACUACUUCAGCGAAGGUCGUUUCAGGCGCGUCAUCUCCAGCAGUGGCUCCCCCUACUGUUGCCGUUCGUGUUACCGCCACACCGGCAAUCCCACCUCCUCGACCAGCGAUGACCACUAAGGCGUCCUCGAGGGAUUUCAUGAAGUGGAUGGGCGAUUCGUUGAAGGGACUCAAUAGCAGCGUCAGCUUCGAGGAAAUUACAUCCAUGUUGCUGUCAUUCCCGCUGGAUCCUGACCCAUCGACGGUCGAGAUCAUUUCAGACCUUAUCUACGCCAGUAGCACGACACUCGACGGUCGUCGCUUUGCGGCCGAAUUCGUGAGCAGACGCAAGGCAGACGCGGCGACCCGCGCAAAGAACGGCACGCCCGCCGGGUCGUCCGCGAAGGGCGUGUCCAUUGCUGACGUCGUUAAGGCGCAGCCCAAGCAAACGCAGCAGCCGGAAUGGGGUGGAUUCAAGGUGGUGAACAAGAAAAAGAAGGGCGGCCGUGCAUAG